AUGCCAAUUGAUAUACCAUUAUCACUGAAAGAAUCGAUCAAAAUAUCAUCAACAACAUAUAACAUUUCACCUAAUUUUAAUAUAGCUAACAUUUUAUCAACUCAUUAUGAACAGAAUGAAUCAAAUCAACAACAAAAUAAUGAGGAUAAACAAAUGUUUAAUAUUAAUAAAAAUGAUCAUAUUGUUCAAAUGAAUACAUCUGAUACAACAUUUUUAAAUAAUGGUGAGUCAUCAGAUUAUUAUCCCAUUGAUGUUCAAGGAUUCAAUGUGUAA